AAGUGCACAGUGUGUGGCGGUGACCAUUCUAUUUUUCGCUGUGAGAAUAGGUGUGGCCACAGCGACAGUAGGCAAUGUUCAUGUAAUGAAGGCCCGCCUCAGAAAAGAAAAAAGACAUCAAAGUCAACAGCCUCCAGUCAACAGCCUGCAGAUACGUCACACGACGAUCUAAAGAAAAAGUACGAGUUACUGCAAAAGGACUACAAAAGAGUGGGUCAGGCCUUCCAGAACCAGCAGGAACAGAAACAGGAGCUGACAGCGUUGCUAGAGGAAUGCGAGAAAGAGGCUGAAGAGCUAGCCAACCUUGUGUGGAACAAAGAUGAGGUCAUUAAAAACCUCGAGAGGCGCCUCUCGAGCAGAGGUCCGACGCAGAGACCAACCUGCGCCACAAGAAGACCCACCCGCAUCACAACAGCAACACCAGCAGACGGCAGACAUUCACACCAGCACCCAGAGCCUGGCCAACAUACAAGAACAAUAUGACCAGGUUCUCCAGACGAUGAAAGAGAACAGAUGCAGCAUGGCCUGUGCCUUCCGUCUUGCAGGCUGUCCUCGGAGCACACUACGAGACUUCAUGGCGAUAGCAGAACUGAAAAAGGUCGACUCAAGGGAACUGGACCUCGUCCUCCACGAUCAAGAAGUUAAAUCGGUGCAAGAUCUGGAGGUUGUCUGUUGCAAAAGACUUCGGUGCUACAUCCCAGUCAUGAUCAACAUG